AUGAAUUCACCUUUUGCGAAUCGCCGCAAGCCGCGCAAGAUUGGAGGAGAAGAUGAGGAAGAUAAUAGUACAAGUCAAGAUAGCGAACCCGUCGUUAAAAGACCAUCGAGUCUAAAGCCAAAGCACAAAUCAAAACUCAGACUUUCCUUCGGACCCGGCGAAACGUCCAUGGUGGAUGAUGGCGACGACGCAAGUGGAGUUGUUACGCCAAAGCGACCUGGUCUUGGUCGGCGUGUCCUCGAGAAAAACGCCUUACAAAAAACACCAAGCACCACAGGCUCCGCGACUCAUUUGCCUUUUCGAGUCGGACAAGAGCAGGAUAGGCCGGCCUACGGAGAGGAUUAUCUCAAGGAGCUGCGAGACUCCACUCCCUCCACGCCUAAAGCCACAGACAGUGAAAACGAUCGGAAGGAAAUUGACGUUACGGCGAAAUUCGGGGAAGUCAUGCAAAUGUCGGGUGCUACUGCGAUACCGAGCGAGGCGGAGAUCAGAGAAAAGAAAGCACGGCGGGCACGAUUGGCCAAUGAACCCGAGUACAUUUCUUUAGAAGUAGAGGACGAAGCCGAAGAAGAUUAUAUGGCUCUCGACCAUAAGAAGGAAAAGGAACAAACUCGCCUUGUGAGGGACGACGAAGACUUUGCAGAAGGAUUCGACGAGUUCGUUGAGGAUGGCAAGAUUUCUCUCGGCAGAAAAGCGGAGCGAGAGCAACAGCGAAGACAACGCGAGCAGAUGCGAGAGCUUAUCAACGAGGCGGAAGGAAGCUCGGAGGAGGAAGACUCGGAUGCAGAACGAAACGCCGCUUAUGAAGCCGCUCAAACGCGAGCCGGCAUGGACGGUAUGGAGCGUGAACGGCGUGGCAACUCAUCUCGUCCAAAAACGCCACCAAAAAUCGCAUCUUUGCCAAACCUUCCGGGCGUGCUGGGACGGCUGCGUGCGAAUUUAGCAGAAGCAGAGGGCUCUAAGAAGCUCUUGCUUGAUCGGAUGGAAGAGCUUCGCAAGGAAAAGGCAGAUAUCGCAGUGCGAGAGGUUGAGAUUCAAGCAUUGAUCAAGGACGCAGGCGAACAAUAUGAAAAACUUCGCCUUGAGGCAGGCCUUACACCAGGGGGCGAUGGUCUGCCAGGAGACGCGACACCCAACGACCGUGGACUGGAAAGUCUGGGGGGUUCGCUGACAGUUUCUCGCGUGGACUCUGAGACUGAGCCAUCUCGAACAAACAGGCCGAAAUAUUCCGUUCACCUUAUUCCCUGGCUGGCAAGCCCUCUCGAUGAGAACAGCGGAGCAGUGCCACGCUUACGCCAACGUAGUGAUGCUAGUCCCAUCGAGUUGUUCUACGAUGUAUUUCUAGUUGCGAAUCUCGCCACAUUCUCCGCUACGCAUGAGAUUACAGACAUCAAGGCGGUGUGGUCAUAUGUCGGCUUUGUUGGCAUCAUCUGGUUCACUUGGCUCCAGGUGACUCUCUUCGACCUUCGCUUCUCUAGAGAUUCAAUCUUUGAGCGGACUUGCAAGGUCGUUCAGCUAUGCACUAUGGUUGGGUUUGCUUCCGCAGGAUCACGUUUUUCAACACGCAUUCAGGACGAGAACGUUUGGGCUUUUAGGUCGUUGUGCGCACUCCUAUCUGGAAGUCGCUUCAUGCUUGCCGUACAAUAUAUGAUCAAUCUAUGGUUUAUUCAUGACAAAAUGUAUGCAGCUGCAAAAGGAAUGCUAGCUAUUAUCGGCGUUCUUUCAGUCACUGGAGUCACCUACCUAGUGUUGUACUUCACAUUCGGUCCAUCCGAACCUCACGUUUGGACUGCCUGGUUCGGCCUGUUUUUAUUUGAGUCUCUCGCCGUCAUUGCAGUCUCAACAUAUAUUCCGGGACUAGAGCUUGAUAACACUCAUCUCACCACACGAAUGGGGCUUUUGACCUUAAUCAUCGUGGGCGAGCAUGUAAUUUCGGUCACCCGGAUUGUCAAGAAGAUGAUAGGCGGUGGUGGAUGGACGCUGGCAUCACUCUUACAUGUCAUGGGUGUCGUGACCACAGUGUAUCUUUUAUGGCAUUCAUACUACGAUAUUUCACCGCGCAACCGAUACGGAAGACUUCGACAACAGAUAUGGACUCAUCUGCAUUUUCCAUUUCAUAUGAGUAUCAUUCUUUCUUCCGAGGGCUGUCAGAUUCUCGCCCUAGCUUUGGAUAUUUCUUUGAAGUUGAGAUAUUUGCUUGAGACGAUGCAGUUUGCUUGCGAGGAUCCACCACCUUUGAAGAGCUUCGCGUUGGAAUUACUCAAUCGUACAAUUGUUGAUAUGGAGAUCGACUUCAGCAAAUCCCCUCAUGAAAAGGCUGGCAUUAGUCAUGUCAUGGCUACUUUGUGGAAUACGACCGACAUUUGUGCAGAAGGAAACUCUACACAAGCUUCAGUAUAUGGAAUUCCUGAAGACCAAGGGCGUUAUUUGUCCGGAAACGUUACUGUGGCCCUCUUUUCGAGUAUGGACAUCCUACCAGAAGAGCCUGAUUCUACGAAUACUGAUGGAAUGAGAUACGUGAGAGUGUAUCUUGGGCUUUUGACGUUCGUCUACAUAUACUAUUUCAUCACGGUAGGGCUAGCAAUGGCCUACUUCGGUAUUUUUACGAUAUUGACAAGACGUCAUUCAAAUCAAGUAUACAAUGCAGUCGCCGUGGCAUUUCGAUUUCUAUGUGCAAUUGUUCUCAUGUCACAAGUUGCAUUCGCGAAAGAUUUCAAUUUAACCUACAGAUACAUGACGCAUCCAAUCAUACUAUACACAUUUUCCCUAACCAUGCUUUCCGUUCUCCUUGUCGAUCGAGUUCUAGACACGCUUGCAAAGUCGAGGAAAGUUGAUAUAACUCGAAAAAGCAGCACACGUAGCAGGGCACCAAUUGUGAGUUUCGACCAGGAAGCGGACAGUACUUUCUACGAGGGAUAG